CACCGCGCAAGUUGUCGCGCUGUCAUGAUGACGCAAUGCUGUAGGAUGCUGAGGCCACAGUGUGUGUUAUCUGCUCCCCAACACUAAGUGUGAGCUGCUCGGGGGAGGGAUGGCGGAAACAGGUAGAGAAGCUGCUCUCCAGCAGCGGGUGGCAGAACUGGAGAAAAAUGUUGCAGAGUUUUAUCGAACCAAGCAGCUACUUGAGCAAGAAUUCAAUCAGAAGAGGGCGAAAUUUAAAGAGUUGUACUUGGCAAAAGAAGAGGACCUGAAACACCAACAUGCGGUCAUGCAGUCUGCUCAAGAAAAAAUAGCUCAAUUGCAACUUCAGUUAUCACAAGCUCAGGCUGAAAUGGAAAACAUCAAAGCCAUAGCCACUGUGUCUGAGAGCACCAAGCAGGAAGCGAUUGAUGAAGUGAAAAAACAGUGGCAGGAAGAGGUGGCUUCUCUUCAAGCGGUCAUGAAAGAAACUGUGCGUGAUUAUGAAAUCCAGUUCCAUCAUAGGCUAGAGCAGGAGCGAGCUCAAUGGGGUCAGUACAGAGAGUCUGUUGAGAGAGAGAUUGCAGAGCUCAGAAGACGUCUUUCAGAAGGCCAGCAAGAGGAAAACUUAGAAAACGACAUGAAAAAGGCUCAAGAAGAUGCAGAGAAGCUUCGCUCUGUCGUGAUGCCUAUGGAGCAGGAAAUCGGGGCCUUAAAGGAGAAGUUGACAGAAGCUGAAGAAAGGAUAAAGGAGCUGGAGGGGUCAAAGAGUAAAGAAAUGAACCAUUACCUUGAAGCUGAGAAAUCAUGUCGUACUGAUUUAGAGAUGUAUGUUGCAGUCCUAAAUACCCAAAAAUCUGUUCUCCAGGAGGAUGCAGAGAAGCUGAGGAAAGAAUUACAUGAAGUUUGCCAUCUUCUGGAACAGGAGAGGCAGCAGCAUAACCAGCUGAAGCACACAUGGCAGAAAGCGAACGAUCAGUUCUUGGAGUCCCAGCGUUUGAUGAUGCGAGACAUGAAGCGUAUGGAGGUUGUUCUAAGCACAGAACAGCUUCGUCAAAUAGAAGAAAGAAAGAAAAAAGACCAGGAAGAUGAUGAACAAAGAAUGAGGAAAAGAAAAGAGAAAAAGGAAAAGGUGGAAAUGGAGGAAAUCAGAGAGUCCAGUUUACUCACCCAUGAUGAAUCUUUUCCAAACUUAUUAAACCAAGAGGAAAUGAUAAAUAGUACAUAUGGCUCGAUCCAUUCCUUAGAUUAUGACAUUGUGGUACAUGAAGGUGAGUCUUUUACUAAACAAGAUGACUUAUUUAAAGAUGGUCUUCGAAGAGCACAGUCUACAGAUAGCCUAGGGACUUCAGGGCCUCUGCAGACAAAGACUUUGGGCUAUAACAACAAAGCGAAAUCUGCCGGAAACCUUGAUGAGUCUGAUUUUGGACCACUGGUUGGAGCAGAUUCUACCUCUGAGAACUUUGACACAUGUUCCCUUGGGUCUCUGCACAUGCCUGGAUUUAUGUUAACCAAAGAUCAGGAAAAGGCUAUAAAAGCCAUGACUCCUGAGCAAGAAGAAACUGCCUCUUUGCUAUCUAGUGUCACUCAGACAAUGGAGACUGCAUAUGUUUCACCUAAUGGCUAUCGCUUAGUUAGUGAAACAGAGUGGAAUUUAUUACAAAAAGAGAUACAUUCAGCUGGUAACAAGCUGGGCAGACGUUGUGAUAUGUGCUCCAACUAUGAGAAGCAACUUCAAGGGAUCCAAACCCAGGAAGCAGAUACCAGAGAUCAAGUUAAAAAGCUACAAGCAAUGCUCAGACAAGCAAAUGACCAACUGGAGAAGAGCUUGAAAGACAAGCAGGAACUAGAGGAUUGUAUGAAGCAAAACACAGAGGAUACCAGUAAUCAAAUAUCUGCACUUAUGCUUCGAGCCCAGGAGUCUGAAACACUCCUGAGUGAGCUACAGCAGGCGUUCACCCAGGCGCAAAGAAGUGUUCAGGAGCAAAUGGCUGUCCUAAUGCAGUCAAGGGAGCAAGUUUCUGAGGAACUUAUCAGACUACAGAAGGAUAAUGAAAGUCUACAAGGAAAGCAUGGCUUGCAUGUUUCUCUGCAGCAAGCUGAGAAUUUCAUCCUCCCUGAAGCCGUUGAGGAACUUCAUGAGCUGGUGUUGAAAUACCGUGACAAUAUUAUAAGUGUCAGGACAGCUGCAGACCACCUUGAAGAGAAGCUUAAAGCUGAAAUUCUUUUCUUGAAAGAACAAAUUCAAGCUGAACAGUGUCAAAAGGAAAAUAUUGAAGAGACACUGCAAAUUGAAAUAGAGAAUUGCAAGGAGGAAAUAGCUUCUAUUUCAAGUUUAAAACUUGAACUGGACAAAAUAAAGGCAGAAAAAGAGCAGCUUGAGUCAACAUUGCAAGAAAGAACGCAGCGACUUCAAGAUAUUCAAGAACUGAAAAACUCCUUAGAAGAUCAGCUUAGAAAAGAAACCUCUGCAAAGGCCAGCCUUGAGCAGCAAGUGUUUGAAGAAAAGAACAAGGCACAGAGGUUGCAGACUGAACUGGAUGUGAGCGAGCAAGUACAAAGGGACUUUGUAAAGCUGUCUCAGACCCUGCAGGUACAGUUGGAACGCAUUCGCCAGACUGAGUCCUUGGAGGGAAUUCGUGCAAUUCUGAAUGAUACAAAACUGACGGACAUUAAUCAGCUUCCUGAAACAUGACCCCACCAUCUUUCUCACAUUGACUUGUCUAUUUGAGUUUUUAAACUCCUCUUUCUAGUAACAUUAAUUAUUAUUUAACUCCUAUCUCAGAGCAGAGGACAGUGGAUAUAUGAAUAGUCACUCAGAACACUUUAAACAGGAGAUAGAUAUGUUUGUGCAGGGAGGCUUACCUGAGAGAUGUGUGGGAAGAAGAAACCCUACUACUAGGAACACUAAUGAAUCGCAACGCUUUGUCUGACUAAAUUGAGUUUUGACUCCAAAAAUAAUUUUUUUGUUUGUUGUUUUUUUUUCCCCCCCCUUAAGAAGCAUACAAUAAUAACUAUAGACAGUAGCCAAGAGUUCAUGAUGGAAUGAUGGUUGCGAGUCACAGAAUUCAACUGAAACCGUCCAGUUCUUUACAAGCUUAACUGGCACUUUAGUUUUCCUCAUAUGGUGUAGUGGCAAAUUAACAGUUCCAACAAGAAGGCUGCAGUGCAAUUCUUUUUAAGAGAAAAUGUAGAGUACAUUUCAUAAGCUUGUUUCUUCUUGAAACUUUGUUUCUUGUAGCAAAUGUCACAGCAAUGAUAUAGUGCAAAAUAAACGUUGGUGCUAUACCCACAAGAAUAAAAUGGUUCCCCAUUUUUGUAGUUUUAGGGACAUACUUUUAAAAGUAAAAAGUUUAAAUGGCUAUUUUCACUAAAAAUACCUAGAACUGUCUAGUAACAUUUCCAGCUUUUAUCUUCUGGGACUUAUUCACUAAAGUAAAAGUUAACUAAUCUUAGUGAACUGACUCCAUAAGAUCACUUACUAUUAUGAUAUAUACAUUUUUAUCGCCACAUGUCAGUGAGGACCAUACAUAACAUAUGUUAUCCUAGGAAAGUAAUUCACAGACAGGUUGUGAAAACAUUGAGAAUAUCAGAUAUGAUUUAUAUUAGCAGCUUGUGCACAUUGACAAACAAGUUUUGACAGCCAGAUAUAAGCAAUACCAUAGUUACACAUUCUGUUUUUAAUAUGCAUACAAUUUUUCUGUACUGCAUACUGACAUAUAUUGCAUAUAUAGGCUUCUCUAACAUCAGAUACUCUUGUGCAAAUACAGAACCUUGUAGAUUAAUAAAUAUGUACAUUUCUGUAAUUUUACAGCAUGCAUAUUAUACUGCAUAUUUUAUAUAAACAGUGGUGGAAUUAUGACUGUGUUUCAAUAAUCAUGUGAUCUGCAAUUAUUGUUUGUUUUGUAACAGAUUUAGCAGUUCAACUGGUCGCCGGACUCCUUUGUGAAUACAGCAUCUGUAUUUACCUAUAUGCAUUUUACUUUACUUUGUAAAUUAUAUAAGCCCCGGUUUACCAUUUAUGUUUGAGAUGUAGAAAAAUCUGCUGCAGUUAGUAAGCUCAUGUUGGCAAAUCACAGCAAUGAGUUCUAUUUAAUAACUCAACGUCUAUUUAUUUUAUCAUGGAAUGCUGAGGUUCCAACCCUUUAUAAAAUGUAUGUCAUUCACAAGCCAUUUUUAUUAUACGUCCCAAUCAAGCUUCUUGUCACUAAAGCAAUGUAUUGCUAGUGGUGCUUAUUAAUCAGCACAGUACAUAUAGGAUCAGCAUACUGCACUUGUAUAUUUAAAAAGACUAGAUUGUAAGUUAAUGACUCUUCUGGUGAAAGCUUUUACUCUUUUUCAUGUUUUUUUUUUUUCUCUCCAAUGAUUACCAUAACCUCUUUACUUAAUGUGAACGCACAUUUUUGUUUUAAACAUAAUCACGUAGUAUGCAAAUGCUAGACAUAGUAAUAAAUAUCUUCCUAAAAUGUGCAAGGAAGUCAUUUUGCUACAAAUUCACCAAGGGUAUCCUACUCACUUAAAGGAAUGUGAAUGAAAAGGAAAUGGUGGCAUUUAGCACCCAAAAUAUUAAAAUUGGUUUUCCCUCUCACUUUCUGUAAAACAUAUUUGUUAUGCUAUUUGUGGAACUCUCCUUAUAAUUGCAACUUUAUUGUAUACAAUGUAAAUCUAACGGGAAUUGCUGUGAUAAUGCUCUUUUUCUAGUUUUACUUAACCGAUACAACUAAUCCUAUAUACAAGAGUAAAUCAUUAGCAAAUUAAAGUCUGUCAAUUCAUGCUGGAGUGUUCUGUAAUUGAUUGCAUAUUAAACCUUCCCAGCAUUGAAAAGUAGCCUUAACCUGUGCAGAAUAUUUUUACAGCAUGUCUGCUAGCCUGUUUUAUUACAUCUACCAAUAAAUUACAGGUACCAUAGCACAAGACUAUGCCCUUUAGAGUAAUAUGAUGUGGUGUUCCCUUCCAUUCAUUAUGGCUGCUGUCUUCUAAACGGUUAUUAAAACAUUUCAUGUAAAAUGGUCCAUUACAUGAUAUGGGUGUGAAUUAAAUUGAUUUUUGUUUAGUGCAUAACAAAAGGGAAUACCACAUUUUAGUAACAUAUGCCAUUCAUGUCCUGUUUGAUUGUGAUUGUAGAAUUCUGCUGUUAACAGAAUUCUGAUAUAAUCAUUUGUAAACCACACCACAGAUGUCUCCAUAAAGUAUUGAUGAUUAAAAAAAUCUGCUGAAGA